AUGAAACAAAAUGGCAGCUGGCGGUGUGGCCAUUGCACGGAAGCAAGGCUGACACUGUGGUGCCACGCCUGCCAAGGAAGCCACCCCUGGUUCCUGUUCUCAUUAAGCCAACGCCAGGAGUCAAAGUUUCGUCGCAUCUGUAUCAGGACCCAGGGUGCUGUGAGAAUGUGUGCCCACAAAGUGAUCAGGUGGGCAGACCUCGUUGGACACGCAACUGAAAGGGGAAGGACGCCGAUUCACUUACAUGGCAUCCUGUGCUCUUCCUGUGCGAACUCCACAUAUACCACGGCUGCAUACGCUCCAUUCGUCUUUCGGCCUUUAACCAACGGCCAAAUGCAACUCAUCGAUCCUCGUCCUGUAUCGGUUCACAUUGGUUGGACCUACUUGGCCUUCGACCUCAACACCUCAGUCCCAGUUUCGAGACAGUAUCUCCGUGGCUGUUUACUUCUCCAAAACCAGGCUGCGUCUGGAAAUAGACUCUGUUCCCAUGCCACAUUUCCGGACGGCCAAUUACUGAUGCCGUUCGAGCACAAUCAGUGCGCAUGCUUCGACCCUCCCGAAACCCCUUUGCAACCCCGGGAAACUUGGCAGCCCCUCAGUCAUGGCUGUCUUCAUAGCCGGGACUCGAUGGAGCUGUGCUGCCGCUGUCGUUCGAUCAAAGAGCCUCAUCGUCGUGGGCACUUUCUACCUUAUGAAAAGGAAUGCUCGGCGAUCUUCACAUCUCAAAGAUGUCUUGCCACUCAUAUCAGUGCUCCGAGUGCAACGCACAGUACUGUUGGAUCCAGGAAGGUGAUUCCGGUCGUAUCUAUCUCAAGUGUCUGA